AUGAAUGUUCGUGCAUUGAAAGGAGUAUGGAGGGAGGUUUUGGAGGGGGCACGAUGGUCUUUAGGGGAUGGGAAGAUGGUUCGAUUUUGGCUAGACAGAUGGCUUGGCAACCAAGACACUCUUAUCAGUCUUGCAAGACACCCAAUACCGGAAGAACAUUUGCAGCUCCCAGUAGCUAAUUUUGUUUCAAAUGGUGCUUGGGAUUGGCAGGCGUUCCAGCACUUACUUCCGGCGACAUGCUUAAUGCGGCUUUCGGCGAUUGCAGUUCCAACAGGAGGGGUAGGUGAUGACAAGAUGUAUUGGGGGUACUCUGAUGAUGGUGGCUUUACUACAAAGUCGGCGUACUCUAAGUUGACCCCUACAAUGGACAGUAAUGAUCGACAUUCAUGGAAUGCUGGUUUGUCACUUGCAUGUGAGAAGGGUGGUAGAAAAGUGAUUCCUGAAGUUGAUAACUCAAGCAUUAUUUCCAUGUUACUAAGCAUGAAGGAGAUUGUUGGCCUUAAUACUGGUAUCGUUUAUAGAAUUCAUGAUUUGUUGAAGAGAGAAUGGGUUGUGGAGUUUAAACAUGUGUUUUGGGAGGCGAAUUUCAUGGCUGGUUAUAUGGCUUCAUUAGCAGCUCAAGAACCGGGUGGACUAUAG